AUGUCACAAAUUCAGGUUUCUCAUACAGUGACUGCUAAGAGGCGUCUUUCUUUUAGUACACCACACCCAGUGAAACUGAGGCGCCAGUAUGACCCAGUAAAUCUUCAACGUGCCUAUGAUGCUACCAAUAAGGGUAUGUCUGCCUAUCGUGCUUCUAGGCUGUAUGGGGUGCCAGAAUCUACCAUCAAGGAUAGGCGAUCAGGAAGGGUUGAGACUGGGGCAAAUCCAGGGCCGUUGAAGUUAUUUUCAUCCGAAGAGGAGCAGAGGUUGGCAGACCAUAUAAAGCACAUGGCCAGCAUUGGGUAUGGCUAUACUAAGGCCAACGUACAAUAUCUUGCUGCUGAUUUUGCAGUGGCUUGCGGCAAGAAAAUGAACAGUGACAAACCACUUAGUGACAGUUGGUUUUAUGGUUUCCUAACGAGAUGGGAAAAUCUGAAAGUUGCAAAACCUCAAAAGCUCUCUUUACUUCGAGCUAAAUGUGCCUCCAAGGAUGUCCUUGAUCAAUAUUUCAAGGAACUUUGCACCAUUAUUUCUGAUAAUGGACUCGAAAGGAAUCCCGAGCGCAUUUAUAACAUUGAUGAGACUGGCAUUAAUACAGAGCAUGCUCCACCACAUAUAGUAUGUGAUGCAACCUCUCAGCCACAAGCAGUUACUUCCCCAAGAUCAUCAACUGUGACAAUUAUUGGUGGUGGAAAUGCUGUUGGGAACCAGAUCCCACCCUAUUACAUUUUUCCAGGAAAACGGUGGAAUAGUGAAUUUUUAAAUGGAGCUCCCACUGGUGCAGAUGGUGAAAUGUCUGAUAGUGGUUGGUCUAAUUCUCUAAUUUUCCAAAAUUAUCUUACAAAGCACUUUAUAAAGUAUGCAAAUGUCUCAUCUGAUACUCCAACUCUGGUUCUUUUUGAUGGACACAAAUCACAUGUACAACUCUCUCUUGUUGACUGGGCAAGAGAAAAAAACAUAAUUCUGUUUGUGCUUCCACCUCACACAAGUCACAUAACACAGCCUUUAGAUGUUGGGGUAUUCGGACCUUUGAAGUCUAUGUACUACAGGGAAUGUCAACUGUAUUUACAGAAACAUCCAGGUCAAAAGAUCACCAAGUAUGAGGUGUCUAAAUUAACUUCAAAGCCAUACUUGAAAGCUCUGUGUCCUGAAAACCUCAUUUCGUCUUUCCGGAAGACUGGAAUAUAUCCAUUCUCAGAUUGUACCAUCAAAGAGUCCCAGAUAGCACCCUCUUCAAUUUAUCCAAGUGUUCCUGAUGUGUCUGCGGUUGAUCCUCAACCUCAAUGUCUUCAGUGUUCUCCAAGACAAACCAAUGUGCCAAUAAAUACCCAAGAAACUGACAAAGAAAACAUUCCAGAAGGUGUACUUAGUCCUAGAAGUAUUUUCUUCAAGUCCAAGACCAUCACUGGCAUCUCUGAUCCCAGUAGGAAACCUAGAAAGAAGUUUGUACCACCAUUUCUAGCUGGUAGUUUGUCAAAGCCCAACAACAUCACAGUGCUUCAAGCUAAAAAGCCCAAAGCAAAUCAAGCAACAAUCACAGAUAAUUCCUCUCAAUCUGUAAGAUCUGUAAGUAAAUCCUCUACUACAAAAGCAGUUCCACCAUCUUCUUCAAAACAACUUCCUCAUCCAGGUCCUUCUGCUUAUUGUGUUAUCAGUUCAGAGGCUGAAACUGAGUCUGGAUCUGAGGAUGAAUCUUCUAAUUGCUGUGUGUGCCAUAAAUUUUCACCUCCAGCUCUUAAGCAGUGUACAAGUUUAGUUAUUGUGAAGUGGGCUCAAUGCGAUAAGUGUCAUCACUGGACACAUUUGUCCUUCUGCACUGAGGUCAGGGUUGUGCGGCGUCAUAGUGAAUUUCUAUGUCCCCACUGCCAAUAA